UCAUCUAGUAUAUCGCUAAAACUUGCACUGUAUGCUUUGUAUUACAACGUUUGAAACAUUGACAUUGUCCAACAAACAUCCAGCAAGUUAAAGAAAAGCUAUCGUUGACACCAGUGAGUAUAACUGGUCUUCAGUUGAACAUAGAAGGCCCAAUUAAACUUAUUACUGCAAAAGGUGUUUUUGAUCGAUGGUGUCUACUCCUUGGCUUCUGUUCGUCGGGGUAUAGGCUUCCUGGGAAGAAGUAUUUUGAAACCUACUGUAUUGUAGGCACUAGUCGUGAAUCAGUUUAGUUUUGGUCGAGUUGAAAGCGUCGAUUUGUAUCAACGUCCUGCAAACUGUGCCCGCAAUGCCCUAGUAGUUGUAUAAAAUAUGAACCAAUGCAUUUUGUAAUGAUCACAAACGUCUGACUGUUACAAGAUUUAUUAACGCUGAAUGAAAGGUUAUUAAUUCAUAUGACCAAAAUUACCUUUAGCGUCAUACUAGCUAAAACAAACGACUGAAUUUACUCAAGAUUUGCAGCUUAUCCACAAGCUUCCAAUAUAAAUGCAGAUAAGACACCUAAACUUUACUCUAUUAAUCGAAUCAAACAAAAUCAGAAAAUACUGGCCAUCAAUAAUCACAAAAACACUUCAAUAGUUAUCUGUGGCUCUACUCCCAACUGGGUAACUAUUCAUAUAACUAACACCAACCUUUUUGACACCUGUUCUUAACACAAUUAAACAAAGUUUAUUCAAUCAAAUUAUUGCACAAUUUGAAAUAUUCCACUGUCGAGAGCAUCAAAUAUUUGUCACGCAAAUACAGGCAUAAGUGAUAAUCAACUCCACGUUGAACAUUCUGCCAACACUUUGAGCUGCAUUCUGCGUUAAGCUUGAGCCUGCUUUUGUCUAUUUAGAGCCUGUAGAUACACCCCUAUACGUUAGUUUGCGUCAUCAUCAAAGAAUCAGAUCUAAGAAUAAUGGCGCCUGUAACGAGUCCUGAUGAACUGGCUGAUAAUAUCAUCUUGGCUGUAGCUGCUUGAAUUCUUAUUCUUCCGGCCUGUAAGUAAAUGAUGAAUGAAAACUAACCAGGACUUUAUUAUGCUGAAACAUGAAUGGAUGGAAAUGAGAAUGAAAGCAGACCUGAGAAAAACGAGAGAAAUUGAACAUGGAGUCUGAAGGAGGCUGCUUGGUUUACUCUAAACUUAGCCAGUAUCUUUUACUCAUUGACAAACAAUGAGUUUAUCAUAAAGAUAAUCAGUUCAUGAGUGCCAGAAUGUGACGGAAUGCAACGCUGUAAUAUUUAACCAACCUUUUUUCAGUAUCUCUUUUUGGAAGGGGGGUCAGCAUUUUUAUUCUCUAAAAGCGCCACGGAAAAUGCCACCCGCAUUGUAAUCGGAGGUUGUGCAGUCCCAUUCAAGUUCAACAGCGCCCCCAGUGUUCGAGGAUUUCCAUGUCAAUGCCACCUAUCCCAAAGUUUUAACAGGGACUGUGUUGCUCGUAUGAAAACUAUUGCUUUUACAAUCACCGCACUCUCCACACGAAGUCCAACUGGAGACUACGUGCGAUAUUUUAUUGGAAUGAAACUCAGAGUUUCCCUUUUGGUGCACGGCGGUUCAUGAUGAAGCGAGGAAGUCCAGCAAGCAGUGACGAGGAAUCUGGAGAAUUCCAGCUGACCGCUUUGAAUCUGCAUGAAUUAUCAAGACACAUCUCGACAGAGUGGAGGGCCCUUGCCCUGAACCUCGGUUAUGAAGACAGCGAGAUCAAGACAAUUGAAAGUGACUACAAGGAUGAUGUGCUUCGGCAGUGCUACGAAAUGUUAGUUGCUUGGCACAAGAAGCAAAGCGACGAAGAAAGAGCAAUUAGGAAGUUGAAGCGAGCUUUGGUCAAAGUCGGGCUUCAGGAAGUGGUGCAAAGAAUGGGAAACACUGGAGAGCAGGGAGGAAGUGGUAAAAGACGCAAGACUGGACCACGUGACGCAGCCCAACACGCUGCAGAUAAGUGCGAGGAGGUAUUGAAGGAAAUAUACACAACUACAGGUAGCUAUGUACAGAUGCUCCCANGUUCUUGGGUUCAAUGA